GUCCUCGUCAGCGCUUCCGCACGGCCAUCCAGCUCUGUCCAGGACUCUGUCCACGACCGACGUCCGCCCACUCGCGCCUCCUUCUCGCUGUGGCAGUCGCCGUGCUCUGCAGCUCGCACUGGCUUCUAGCAUAGGCAUCCCAAACUCAGAAUUGGCCCUCCAACCACGGGUUUGAGGGGUUUGAUUCUCUGACCGCAACAGCCAUGGUUGCUGUAAAGGUCGAAUCGUCCGAAAUAUCCGGCGCAGAGCUGCGUAUAGCUCUGCCCUGGUACCUUCACCUAUACACCGUGCCCUCGCUCUGUCUCUACCCGCUCCUGGCGUACGCAUACUACGUCAAGUACGAUGACUGGCUGCAGAGCGAAGAAUGGACCUUCCUCGCCUGCGUAACUGUCGGGGUCACUCAUGCUCUCAGUUUCCUCUCCACCAAAUGGAGUUCCGCAGCCAAGGCUCUCAUAACCACCCGCUCGGCUUCGUCCCUCGAUAGCGCAGAUUGUAUUCGCCUCAUACCGUCGGCUCACCGCGGACACGGCGAGAUCGUUCCCCUCGUCGGUAAAACCCCCUCUGACCCCUCCACCUACUCGUUCAACUACCAGCGUGACACCUACCUCGUGAGCUCGCCCUCGCCGAUCGCAUUUACGCGCCUGCCGUACCCGUCAUCCAGCCAUCCGCCCCUCUCUACCUACCAGCAAGUCAAGCCUCUCACAUCACAGACUGUCCCGAGUCUACAGUCCAUGUAUGGCAAGAACGAAUUCGACAUUCCGGUGCCUUCGUUUACAGAGUUGUUCUCGGAGCAAGCGACCGCCCCGUUCUUCGUCUUCCAGAUCUUCUGCGUGACAUUGUGGUGUCUAGAUGAGUACUGGUACUACAGCUUGUUCACGCUCUUCAUGCUGGUCGUCUUUGAGUGCACCGUGGUAUGGCAGCGCCUGAGAACGCUGACAGAGUUCAGGACAAUGUCUGUGUCGCCGUAUGCCAUUCAAUGCCUCAGGGACGAUAAAUGGGUCACGAUGCAAACCGACGAGCUCCUGCCAGGUGACGUCGUGUCGAUCGUCAGACAGCAAACCGAGACAAGCAUCCCCGCCGACGUUCUGCUGCUCAAAGGGACGUGCAUCGUUAACGAGGCUAUGCUCUCCGGAGAGUCCACGCCCCUCUUGAAGGAGUCCAUCGCGUUGCUCGAAGAAUCAGAACGGCUCGACGUCGACGGCGCUCACAGGAAUCAAGUUCUGUUCAGCGGCACGAAGCUCUUGCAGGCAGACGGCGGUGAGACGCCCGACGGGGGCUGUCUCGGCGUGGUUCUGCGCACUGGCUUCGGGACGGCCCAGGGCCAGCUUGUCCGGACAAUGAUCUUCUCCACCGAGCGCGUCUCGGCCAACAACAUGGAGUCGUUCCUCUUCAUCGGGUUCCUGCUCAUCUUUGCGAUUGCUGCGAGCUGGUAUGUUUGGGUGAAAGGUAUCGAGCGUGAGCUCAAGAAGUCGAAGCUUUUGCUGGACUGUGUGCUCAUCAUCACGAGUGUCGUUCCACCUGAGCUGCCUAUGGAGCUGUCCUUGGCUGUGAACGCAUCCCUGGUUGCAUUGUCAAAGUUCGCUAUUUUCUGCACCGAGCCUUUCCGCAUUCCAUCUGCAGGACGUGUCGACGUGUGUUGCUUUGACAAGACUGGUACUAUCACGGCCGAGAACCUAGUCCUUGAGGGCGUCGCAGGAAUCGACCCUGAGGACCGCUUGAAGCUCGUGAACGUUAAGGAGAGCGGGAAGGAGACGACCUCGACCCUCGCUGCGGCACACGCAUUGGUCAGGCUCGACGACGGCACGAUCGUAGGUGACCCCAUGGAGAAGACGACGCUUGACGCUCUCGGAUACCAACUCAACAAAGGUGACACCGUGACCCAAGGCGAGGGCGGCAAACAACGCACCUCGCUGCACAUCCGGCGCCGCUUCCAGUUCUCGUCCGCGUUGAAGCGCAUGUCGACCGUCUCGACGACGACGAACCGCACCCUCAUUGCGGUCAAGGGCGCACCGGAGACCAUCAAGACGAUGCUCGCGAGUGUGCCAGAUUUCUACGAUGACACGUACAAGUGGUACACGCGCAGGGGCAGCCGAGUGCUCGCCAUUGGGUUCAAGGAGCAGGAUAGCAUGUCACAGGACAAGAUUAAUAAGUUGACCCGCGACCAGGUCGAGAGCGGGCUGACCUUUGCAGGCUUCCUCGUCUUCCACUGUCCCUUGAAGCCGGACGCCGUGCAUACGCUCAAGAUGCUCGUAGACUCGUCACAUCGGUGUAUCAUGAUUACCGGCGAUAACCCUCUGACGGCAGUUCACGUCGCCCGAGACGUCGAGAUUGUCGAUCGUGAGGUUCUGAUACUGGAUCUGAAGGAAGAUGCGACGCACCCUGGCGAUCUCGCAUGGCGCACAGUCGACGAGCACAAGUUCAUCCCUGUUGAUCCCUCGGAGCCUAUCGACACAUCACUUUUCGAGGACUACGACAUCUGCGUCACCGGUGCCGCACUGAGGCAGUUCGAGGGGCGCUCCGCGUGGAACGACAUCGUGCAGAACACCUGGGUGUACGCGCGGGUGUCGCCCGCGCAGAAGGAGGCGAUCCUGACGACGCUCAAGUCGCUCGGCUACGUCACGCUCAUGGCGGGCGACGGUACGAACGACGUCGGCGCGCUCAAGCAAGCACACAUCGGCGUCGCGCUGCUCGACGGCACCCCGGAGGACCUGCAGAAGAUCGCGGAGCACCAGAGAAUAGAGCGCGUCAAGAAAGUGUACGAGAGCCAGCUGAAGAUCUCAUCGCGCUUUGGGCAGCCGCCUCCGCCUGUUCCUGCCGCUAUCGCGCACCUGUACCCGGAUGUCGUAGAGGCACAGAAGAAGGUUAGCACGGAGUUCCAGAAUGCGCGCAAGAAGAAUACUAUGGAGAAGUUCGACCUGGCGUCAAUCACGGACAAACUCGCAAAUUUGGAAGAUGAAGAAGACGUUCCCAAGAUUAAGCUUGGAGAUGCCUCCUGCGCAGCGCCGUUCACCUCGAAGCUGUCCAAUGUAUCUGCGAUCACGCACAUCAUCCGGCAGGGUCGUUGCACCCUAGUCGCCACGGUUCAGAUGUACAAGAUCUUGGCGCUGAACUGUCUCAUCACGGCAUACAGUCUCAGCGUACAGUACCUCCAAGGCAUCAAGUUCGGGGACUACCAAGUGACGAUUACGGGUAUGCUUAUGUCUGUCUGCUUCUUGUGCAUUUCGCGCGCCAAACCGGUGGAGAAGCUCUCGCGUGAACGCCCGCUGGGGAACAUUUUCAACUUCUACGUGCUGCUGUCUGUCCUGAUUCAGUUCGCGCUGCACAUCGCCUCGCUGGUGUACAUCACGCAGCUGUGCGGCUUCUUCGAGGAGCCGGGACCGAUAGACCUGGAGGCCAAGUUCGAGCCUAAUUUGCUGAACACGGCCAUCUAUCUGCUGAGUUUGUCGCAGCAAGUAUCCACGUUCGCCAUCAAUUACCAGGGCCGUCCGUUCCGUGAAGGGAUCAGGGAGAACCCCGCCUUGUACUACGGCCUGGUGGGUGCCAGCGCCGUUGCGUUCUCGGGUGCGAUGGACUUCGUCCCCGAGCUGAACCGCUGGCUGCAAAUUGUGGAGAUGGAUCAGACGUUCAUGUACAAGCUGACCGCGACGAUGAUCGUGGACUUUGCGGGGUGCUGGCUCAUCGAGCUUGUCUGCAAGUGGUUGUUUGCCGACCUGGAACCGAAGGCGAUGAUCACGCGUGGGAGGGAGCGGAGGGAGGCCAGACGGAAGCAGGAGGCUGCUCUGCAGAACGGGGCCGCCGUAGAAAAGAAGCAGCAAUGAGGCUGAGCGCACAGGGACUGUACAUAGAGUUUGCGCAUGACAAACGAUAGCACUCGCAUCGAAGGCAGGCGUUGUGUGGGCAGACAAGGCGACCGGGUGGCUGAUUGAUGGGACGGGCGUCUGUGCACAAUAGGUGGAAGGCGACGAC